GUUGCCAAACUUGCCGCUAUGGAACUUUCAAUGAUCAGCCCAAUGGCUCCUGUAAAAACUGGACAAAAUGCUCUGCAAACCAGGUCCUGGAGCCUGGAACCGCAACGAAAGAUGUCACUUGCAAACACGCUUCCGAUAAUCCCGCUGUAGUCACUACUCCAGCUACCACCUCUCCUGCAAUUCCGUUUGCUGUCACCGUGCCUGGGAAUGACCUCCAGAUGGACCUUGUCAGAGUUUCUCUUGUGGUAGCGGGGCUGCUGUGCGUAGUGUUUCUGCUGCCUGCGUGCGUAUGCCUCAGUAUCUGGCAGAAAAAGAAACUACACGCUGUCUUCAAGAAAAUGCAUACCACACCCGAACAGUCAAUUCAGGAAGAUGAUGCCUGCAGCUGCCGCUUUCCUGAGGAAGAACAAGGUGAAUAUCAGGACCGUGGCAAAUCCACAGAAUUCAGAGAUCUUUUGGUGAACUAG